UCAUUAGCAAGAAGACACAGGGGAUUACAAACUAAGACAAACUAAUGCCCUCACAUAGUACGUUGAUGCGUAAACUGUCGUUCAGAAAGCACGAGUGUUAAGACAGCGGAGGUGAUCACAGCAGUGGCUGGUUCAUGUAGCGCGUUUGAUUGAACUGAGCUGUGGUUUUAUUUGUCCUAAUUGCGCAGGGACAGGGCCUAAAGUUAGCAUCGAUCCGCAGAAUCAUGGGUUCUGUAGCAGUUUAGGCCUAGCUACUACUAGAGUGCAGUCUUUGCAAAGAAGGUGUGUACAGGCAAAGUGUCUACGCGUCUUCAAGACGUUUCGAGGAACGAUGUAGGUUUGAUGAGAAUGUGCGAAUGGUGUUGUUAGCGCACGAGUUAGGCUUGGGAUAUGCAGCUCUCAAAAAAGUGUUGGGGAUUCCUGGUCUUCAUGUUAAAACGUAUCAGAGACACCAAAGGAGAGUAACAGGUGCAUUCUUUAUCCCUUACAUCCUGUUCCUUGUGACUUGUGGAAUUCCUCUGUUCGUACUAGAGACAGCGCUGGGCCAGUACACCAGCCAGGGAGGAAUCAUGUGCUGGAAGAAGGUUUGCCCUUUGUUUGAAGGCAUAGGAUAUGCUAGCCAAAUGAUCAUUUUCUAUGGAGGUAUCAGCUACAUUGUGAUCUUAGCCUGGGCUUUUCUCUACUUUUUCUCAUCCUUUUCUGGCGAGCUGCCAUGGGCCACCUGUAAUAACACAUGGAAUACUGAUUCUUGUGUGGUAUUGAACAACUAUAAUGCCACUGUUAACGGGACCUGGCCUGUGAAUGCAUCAUCGUCUGUAAUAGAGUUUUGGCAACGACGGGUGCUAAAUAUAUCCACUGGCAUAGAGGCCUUGGGAAACAUACAGGGGGAACUUUCUUUGUACCUUCUUCUGGCCUGGAUCAUCUGUUACUUCUGUGUCUGGAAGGGAGUGAGAUCCACAGGAAAGGCUACCUACAUCACAGCCACAUUCCCCUUCAUCAUGUUGGGGGUAUUGUUUCUCAGAGGUAUUACCCUUCCUGGAGCCUUCCAUGGUAUCAAGUACUACCUGUACCCCAAUCCUGCACGGCUCGCUGACCCACAGGUUUGGAUGGAUGCUGGAACCCAAGUAUUUUAUUCCUAUGCCAUAUGUUUGGGAUGCUUGACUACGCUUGGGAGCUACAACAAGUACAACAACAACUGUUACAGAGACUCCUUCUAUCUUUGCUUGUUGAACAGCGGGACCAGCUUUAUAUCCGGCUUUGCCAUUUUCUCAUUUCUGGGCGACAUGUCACAAAAACAGGGUGUCGACAUUUCUUUAGUUGCGGAGUCAGGCCCUGGCCUGGUGUUCAUAGUUUACCCACAAGCUGUGACCCUUCUACCGUGGCCUCAGGUCUGGUCAGUCUGCUUCUUCGCCAUGAUCUUCUUGUUAGGAAUAGACGGACAGUUUGUUGGGAUGGAAAGCAUCAUGACCUCUCUGUCGGACAUCUACCCUUCCCACAUCCGAAAAGGAUAUCGCAGAGAGCUACUUCUGAUGCUGAUCUGUGCUUUUUGCUAUGUGUUUGGCCUCUUAUUUGUAUCACAGGCUGGUGCAUACAUUCUGCAGAUCUUUGAUCACUAUGUAUGUAGUGGUCCCACUCUUCUUCUGAUGGCACUCUUCCAGUCACUGGUUAUUGGAUGGAUUUAUGGUGCUGAACGCUUCUGUGACAACAUUGAGGACAUGAUUGGGUACAAACCUCUAUCACUGAUCAAGUACUGCUGGAUGUAUUGCACCCCUCUUGUUUGCAGUGGUACACUUGUGUUUUUGCUCCUGAGAUACACCCCCCUGAGGUUCAACAACACCUAUGUGUAUCCUUGGUGGGCGUACUGGAUCGGCUGGUUUCUGACAAUGUCAUCUCUUAUGAUGAUUCCAGUGACGAUGGUCUGCAAACUGACCAAAGAAAAAGGCACUCUCUGGCAGCGUCUCAAGACAAGCUCCCAACCUGCAGGUGACCUUCCAGUGAUGACUAAGGAACUUGCAAGCAUCAGCGCCUUACUGCAUGUUACUGAUGGUGGACAAAACGGCAAUGUGUAAUGAAAUGCCAAGCCUUAAAAAAUGUUUGUUUUGUUUCGUUUUUUUAAAUAUGGUGAGCAGGUUGUAUACUAUAUGGUGGUUAGUAUUCAUUAAUAAUUGUUUUUAAGGUGUGGCGACCUAUUUGAAUACAGUAUAUGAAAUCUCUAAUAUAUUUCAAUCAGGAGAGACAAGUGAAUGAAGUAAAGAUGAAUGUUUUUUAUAACAAGAUGAUAUUUAAUAAUUAAGUAUUUGGUGCUUAAACUCUACAGUGAGCUUUGUAAAGAAGGGCAUUUGCCCUGAGAAGCAGCAAGAUAAAUCCCCCCAUGGAGUCCAGACACUGGUAGUGGUAGUGGCUGAUGAUUCUAAAGAAGUUGAUGAAUCUGCGAAUAUUUGCGGUGAUGGAGGGGCCAUUUGCGACAAUUUGUACUGAAAUGACAUCUGACAGCAACAUAGAGGACAGAUUUAAAUAGCGUAACAUCCAUGAACGUACCGCACGCAUAACAGCAUGAAAAGGCAGAGAGAGAAUCAUAUUUAAACAGAGGCAGCAGCAGGAUGAUAGGUUAACAAUGUGUGUCACUGAGCUAUCAGAUAGAUGAGAUCAGCUGAUGUGACCAGCUGAUGAGAACAGCUGAUAACAUAAUUGACAGCCCCAGACAGGACAGCUAGGAAUGAGUGAGAAUGUGUGAGGAUUGAAUGCAGAUCCAUGACAAGUAAAACUACAGGCCUAAGCAUGCAAACAUAUGGUCUUCCUGAUUAAACUUAUGCUAUAACUUUG